UCAGGGAGAGGACCACGAGUUGCAAACUAAUGAGUGGAGAAACAAACACACACUGCUUCACACUGCUUGGCCACUUCAUAACAGUGAGGAGUCCACUUCUGUCCCCCUCCGGGCCCUGAUGCUUUUGGGAAUGAGCACUUGUGGCAGAAAAGCCCUGACCCUGCUCAGCAGUGUGUUUGCUGUGUGUGGAUUGGGGCUCCUGGGGAUCGCUGUGAGCACCGACUAUUGGCUGUAUCUGGAGGAAGGAAUCAUCCUGCCUCAGAACCAGAGUACUGAAGUCAAGAUGUCUCUGCAUUCCGGCCUCUGGAGAGUUUGCUUUUUGGCAGGUGAAGAACGUGGAAGAUGUUUCACCAUAGAGUACGUCAUGCCAAUGAAUGUCCAGCUGACAUCGGAAUCAACCGUCAAUGUGUUAAAGAUGAUUCGAUCAGCCACCCCCUUUCCUCUGGUCAGCCUCUUUUUUAUGUUCAUUGGAUUCAUUCUGAGUAACAUUGGCCAUAUUCGACCUCACAGAACCAUCCUGGCCUUUGUGUCUGGAAUCUUCUUCAUUCUUUCUGGUUUAUCUCUGGUUGUGGGCCUCGUCUUGUACAUCUCCAGCAUUAAUGAUGAAAUGCUGAACAGAACCAAGGACUCCGAAACUUACUUCACAUACAGAUACGGAUGGUCGUUUGCUUUCUCUGCUAUCUCCUUUCUCCUGACAGAGAGUGCAGGUGUCAUGUCUGUCUACCUAUUCAUGAAGAGAUACACUGCGGAAGAGAUGUACCGGCCUCAUCCUGGCUUCUACCGUCCACGUCUCAGCAACUGCUCUGAUUAUUCUGGCCAGUUCCUACACCCCGAUGCCUGGGUUCGUGGACGCAGCCCUUCUGACAUUUCCAGCGACGCUUCUCUCCAGAUGAACAGCAAUUAUCCUGCUCUACUUAAGUGUCCCGAUUAUGACCAGAUGUCAUCCUCUCCAUGUUGAAGAGAAGUGACACCCUUGCCUUGUAGGAAUGAAAAACUGGCAGAGGCUGUUAUGUCCUGAAUCUCUACUCUGUUUUUAGAAAUGCCACCCGCCUGGGACAACCCCCUCUCUAUUUAGAUGACUAGUGAACAAUAUUAUUACGUAGAGGCUGUGUAUGCUGCACCUAUGCGUAUUCAAUAAAAAUACAGUGGAGGUUUUGAUCCUGCAGCUGGUCCAUAUGCCUUGAUAUCUUGGUGGCAGAGAUACACAGUAGGUGUGGAAAAGAUACAGGAUCAGACCCAGUGAAUGCUUAAUAUCAGAAAAAUGCUCAUAGGAAUAAAGAAAGUUAAGUGUUUUCUGGUAAGCAACAAAGGUCUUCUGAAUUGAUAUACUGCUUUUGUAAAAUGUAUUACCAGAAUAUGGAGUAGAUUUAAAUUCCUUGUGAAUAAUCAUUAGGAAACUGCAGACUGCGUCAUUAUUUGUCCUUUUUCUUUAUUUAUACAGACAUCAAGUUGUGACAUUUUAAACUAACAUCUAUUUGGUUAGCAUUGCAACCCUAUACGUAACUAUCCAGAUGUAAGGACUAUUAUUUCCAACAAAAUGUACUUGCAGUGAAAUGGACAUAGGGUUGCGGUCUAGAAGUAAUUCCUCUUACGUGCACUUCACAAUAAAAUAAGGCAGGGUUUUUUUUUUCCUUGAGAACCAGACAAUUAGCUCACCAAUAAUCACUUUCCAGCCUGUUUAUACUAGGCCUCAAUGUAGCAGGGCAAUUUCACAAUUAGGUCAAACCCUCUGGUACUAGAAGUGCAAUAUCUUGAAAUAACAUGCCCAGGGCUCUGCUUGUAUAAAACCCUUUCCCUCCCCUUUCUUCUGAUAAUAGAUUUAAUUUAACUUUACUGGAUUGGUGCAGUAAUAAUGGAUUAAAAUAUGUUGGCAUCAAGACAUGUAAACUAAUGUCUGUGUUCUCUCCUGCAGCCUUAGAACUGACUUACUUGUUGGAAAUAUUUUUGCUUUGAAAAUCAAGCCUAAUUUGUGUGGCGUUAUGUUAAUUCUAGUGCUUUGUUUUGAUGGGGACCUUUCUUUGCAAUCGGCCUGCUUGUGUUGCCCAUUUGAAGCCCAGAGGAUUAAUUGGUCAUGCUGGCAUUCAGAUUUUCUCUUUGUAUAUCAAGCAUUCAGAAAGGAAACAUUCGUACCUGUAUGUUGUACCGUGUCUGUAAAUAUAUAUGUAUAUUUUAACUUAUUGUGACAACAAGUUGAUUUCUCUGAAAACCACACCAAACGUACAAAAUCCAGUGUGCUGGUCUUUCACUGCUCUCCAGAAUUCUGAUGUACAAAAUUUGAUGUAUUUUCUUUAUUUAUUUUCAACGUUUUGUCAAGCUGUUAUCAAAAUCAAAUCAAAAAUGGUCUGUUUGCAAUAUAUUUGUAAUGGUUAUAAUUCAUUUAUUUUUUACAAUAUUAAAAUGACAAAAAAACACCAUGCAGACC